AUGGUGAUAUUUGUAAUUUUGUUGUUGCUGCUGCUGCCUCACAUAGCUUGCAAGGUUCAAGAUGUUCAAUGUAGAACGUGGCGUUCCAGACCGAAUCAUCCCAGGUUUUAUAAACGUGGAGAUUUCACCUAUGGAGCCAUCAUUUUUCAGAGUGCCCUUCAUCCGCCUCCAAUUACCAUGAACAGACAUCCUGAUUGGGAACAAGCACUUAAAAUUGGAGUGACAGAGAACUAUCAGCAUCCUCUGGCUUUGGCUUUUGCGGUAAAGGAGGUUAACGAAAACCCUCAGAUUUUACCCAAUAUUACACUGGGAUUCCAUAUUUAUGAUAACACAUUGGAUAUUAGCAGGUCCUCUGCUGCUGCGAUGCAAUUUCUUUCACCAAAGGACAGAUUUCUCCCCAACUUUUUGUGUGGUACCCAUGAAAAUUUAUUGACUAUCACUGCGGAUGUUACUAAACGCUACUUUCCCAUACCACAAAUAUUUGCUAUCUACAAGAUUCCUCAGGGUGUGGUUUCAACCCUUAUUAGAUAUACUGCUAGGACGGGGGAAGAGGAAGGUGACUUUCUCAUUCCUCCCCCUGUUGAUUCUGUAGGAUGUUCUUUUGCAAGAAUACCAAGCAGACGACAGGAAAAGCUGCUACAUAGAGAGCUCAUAUAUGAUUCUGCUUCAAUCAUACCGGAGAACAGCGAAAUCCCUUCCUUCUACAAAAUGGUUCCAAAGAGACUUGAUCAGUUCAGGGGGAUUCUCAAAUUACUUGACCAUUUCCAAUGGAGAUGGAUUGGAUUGUUUGCUACAGAUGGAAUGACUUUACAAUGGUUCAUACAGAAGAUGGUACCAGAAUUUUCCAAUCAUAGUAUUUGUUUUGCAUUUCUUGAUUCAUUCACCAGUUUUGAAUACGAUAUUGAGAAAAGAAGUUAUGUGAAAAGUUCAAUGUACUUGUCUGAUAAGAUCAUGAACAGCAAAGUCAAUGUCUUGGUCUUCCAUGGAGAGGCUACAAAUAUGAUCUUUUUAAGAUAUAUUCUACACCUAGGAAUCAAGGCCCAAAUGCAAAAUCCAAAAGGAAAAGUCUUCAUUCUGACAAUCGGGAUGGAGUUAAAGACGUACCUCUUCAAUUGUAUCUUAGAUAUACGAUAUAUCUCUGGUGCUUUAUCAUUUGCACUUCAGUCUAAUGAACUUCAAGGAUUCCGACAUUUUAUUCAGAACAGAAACCCUUCUAAUGCUGAAGGAGAUACUUUUAUUAAAGAUUUCUGGACAGAUCAAUUUUGCUGCAAAUUCCAGGAUACUGUUAUGGGAAGUAUGAGUUUAUUACAGCGUAAUUACUCUGGGAGAACUUAUUCUUCUCCUUGCACUGGAGAGGAGAAACUCGAGAGCCUUCCUGAGCACGUCUUCCCAAGGAGUGUAACAGGCCAGAGCUACAGCUUUUACAAUAGUGUCUAUAUUGUGGCUCAUGCCUUACAUGCCUUGAUUUCAUCCAGAUCCAGAAGCAAAGCAGGGAUGAAGACAGAAAUAAGGAACCUUCAUAAUCAUCAGCCAUGGCAGCUCUACCAUUUUUUGAAAGCUGUGUCAUUUAACAACACUGUUGCGGAGAAGAUUUCCUUUGACCAGAAUGGGGAUCUCAUUCAAAAGUAUGACAUUAUCAAUUUGGUCACAUAUCCAAACCAAUCUUUCAAUAAAGUGAAAGUUGGAAGGAUGGAUCCCCAAGCUCCUCCUGAUGAACUCUUGAGCAUCAAUGAGGAUGCAAUAGUGUGGCCCAGCAGGUUCAAUCAGACACGGCCUGUUGCUUUGUGUAAUCCCAAGUGCCCGACCGGUUAUAGGAAGAAAAGCAAGGAGGGGGAGUCCUUCUGCUGCUAUGACUGCAUUGUCUGCCCCAAAGGGUGGAUAUCAGAGCAUGAAGAUAUGCCUGUGUGUUCCAAAUGUCCAGAUGAUCAGUAUGCAAACAAGGGACAGAAUGCAUGUAUUCCCAAGACUAUAACCUACUUAUCUUAUGAAGAACCUUUGGGUAUCAGUUUAACUAUUUCUGCUGUUUCAUUUUCCAUUCUCACAGUUCUGUUGCUAAGAAUAUUUUUGAAGCACCAUGAGACUCCCAUAGUUAAAGCCAACAACAGGGACCUGACCUACACUCUCCUCAUCUCCCUCCUGCUCUGCUUCCUUUCUGCACUCCUAUUUAUUGGCAGACCUGACAAGGUGACAUGUUUUCUGCGCCAAACUGCCUUUGGCCUUGUGUUCACAAUGGCUGUGUCUUCUGUGCUGGCCAAAACCAUCACUGUGGUUCUCAUUUUCAUGGCCACACAGCCUGGAUCCAGGAUGAAGAAGUGGGUGGGGAAAAGCCUGGCCAGCUGCAUUGUGGUUUCUUGCUCCAUUCUCCAAGGAGGCAUCUGCCUGGUGUGGCUUUCCACCUCUCCUCCAUUCCCAGAUAGUGACGCCCAGUCAAUGACUGAGGAGAUUGUACUGCAAUGUAACGAGUCUUCCCCAAUCAUGUUUUACUGUGUCCUGAGCUAUAUGGGCUUGCUAGCCAUGGCCAGCUUCACUGUAGCUUUCUUUGCCCGGAACUUGCCUGACAGUUUCAACGAAGCCAAGUUCAUCACGUUCAGCAUGUUGGUGUUUUGCAGUGUUUGGUUGUCCUUUGUUCCAACUUACUUGAGCACCAAAGGGAAAUACAUGGUGGCUGUGGAGAUCUUCUCCAUCUUAGCCUCCAGUGCUGGGUUGCUGACUUGCAUCUUCUUCCCCAAAUGCUACAUUAUCUUGUUGAGGCCUGAGCUGAACAAAAGGGAGCAGUUAAUAAGGAGAGGAAAACACUGA